CUUUGUAGAGAUGAGUUGAUAUCAUAUAAUUAUUUAACGAUAUUAGUAAAAUCCAAGCAUGUUACCUUUGCGUUUUGAUGUGGCUGUGUUAGCUAGCCAUCUGCGCAAUCUGAAUGGCUGACUGUUCGGUGAUCAACGUCUAACCUGCUACACUGCCCUACAAGUCUCCAUUCUCACGAACUCCUCGCGAUGUUCCACGGGGAAGAUUCUGCAGAGUUCCAGUGUUGUGCCACAGUGGAGCGUUUGAACGCUUCUGGUCAAGCCAUCAAACGCCAAGUAAUUCGGCGAGCAACGGUGACUCUGGGACGCAAUGAAUUUCAGGAGAUCGUCCUGCGGGUCCACGACGGCAAAGUGCCGCAAACUUUUACACUCCGCGAAUUCCAGCUUUUCACUCGUUUUUGUCGGGACGGCAAAAGCACUAUAAAACUGCUGCCGGAGAACAUACAAGUGUUGCUCUCUGACUGUCCGCCAGACAGUUUACGCAUCUUUCUGAAGACCUUAAGUAUUAAGCACCAAGCCUGGCAGACUGGCAAACCCGUGGGGGAUCGAUCUAAGCUCCUUGCUGGACUUCCUCGCAGUUUCGAAUCAAUAAGUCCCCUGCAACAGAAAGACGUGGACAAGGCCAAUGCGCUGCGAAGCAAAGUGAACGCGCAUCCGCCCGCAAAAGGCCUGGCGAACAGAGCCGGGAAUAAACCGUCUGGGCAGCAGGUGAAGAGGCAAAGACCGGAUUCUACAGAAUGCAGCCCGGUGAAAUCACUGCACCCUGCCAAAAAACCAACUUUGUCCUUGCCUGUGGGGCGGAAGCUGUCCAAAGAGCAGGCUGUUGUUCUGAACGCCGUUUUAAGUGGGAAGAACGUCUUCUUUACUGGCAGUGCAGGUACAGGGAAAUCCUUCUUGCUGAAGAGGAUUGUGGGGUCUCUGCCUCCCAAAAGCACUUAUGCCACAGCCAGCACGGGUGUGGCAGCCUGCCACAUUGGAGGAACUACUUUGCAUAAUUUUGCCGGGAUUGGCUCAGGCUCCGCUCCUCUGGAGCAGUGCCUGGAGCUGGCCCAGCGACCUGGGGUCCUCCAGCACUGGACAAGCUGCCGACACCUCGUCAUCGACGAGAUCUCCAUGGUGGAGGCCCAGUUCUUUGACAAGCUUGAGAUAAUUGCCAGGUCCCUUAAGAGGUCUACUGAGCCAUUUGGAGGCAUCCAGCUGAUAGUAUGUGGAGACUUCCUCCAACUGCCCCCAGUCACCAAGGGAAAGGACAGGCCUGACUUCUGCUUCCAGGCGAAAAGCUGGCGGAAGUGCAUUCACCUGAACCUGGAGCUGAUGGAUGUGCGCAGACAGACAGACCAGACCUUCAUCUCCCUUCUGCAGGCUGUGAGGGUGGGCAGAGUCACGGAGGAAGUCACUGCCAAGCUGCUGAAGAGUGCCUAUCACCGCAUCGAGAGGGACGGUAUCCUAGCAACCAGACUGUGCACGCACAAAGACGACGUUGAAUUGACCAAUGAGAAUAAGCUUCAGCAGCUACCAGGGACUACACGGGUCUUCGAGGCAAUAGACAGUGACCCUCAGCUGGUCAGGACCAUUGACGCACUGAGUCCAGUGGGACGGGUGCUGCAGCUCAAAGUGGGCGCCCAGGUGAUGCUGACAAAGAAUCUGAAUGUGGAGAGAGGCCUGGUCAACGGUGCAAGGGGUGUGGUAGUCUCCUUCCAGCCUGGGAAUAAAGGCCUGCCAUGUGUGCGGUUCCUGUGUGGCGUCACUGAGGUUGUGAAGCCGGAGCGCUUCAUGUUCAAGGUGGGGGGGCAGUACCUCAGCCGACUGCAGCUACCCCUCAAGCUGGCCUGGGCCAUCUCCAUCCAUAAAAGCCAGGGCAUGACCCUGGACUGUGUGGAGAUCUCUCUGGCGCGCGUGUUUGAGUGCGGCCAGGCCUACGUGGCUCUGUCGCGGGCUCGGAGCCUGGGCGGUCUGCGCGUGUUGGACUUUGACCCCCACGUGGUGCGGGCCGACCCGGAAGUGAUCGUCUUCUACAAGCGGCUGCGGAAGGAGAGGAUGCUCUUGCAGGCCUCCAUGGAGGGGUUUGUGGACAGAGGGAACAAGGAGAACAGGCGUCUGUGAGAACGGGCUGCUGCAGCCUCCGUUUGUGUGCACUGUGUGCACCUAUCCUUUACGCCUCCAAUCCCGCCUGGGCCUUUUAUUCAAGGCAUCGCAUUUUCAAGUUUUUACCUUUGGAGUGAAACCGAAUCAAGUUACCAGUUUGUGCUAUUUUUCCUGUACACUAGGAAGGGCUGCAUGAACCGUGUGUAAACUGGAGGAUAAGGAUCCGCAUUCAUUUACGGUUGUGCUCUUGAUUUCACGUCCACAUUGUAAAUAUGGAAAUCUAUUUUUCUAUGCUAGUUAAGAGUUUUUAAAAACGCCAUCUAAUUUAAUAUAUUCUAAGGUUUUAUUGACAUUUUCAACUGUUUUUAAUUUAUGUUUUUAAUAAAAGUGAUUUUAAUCAA